ACCAAACCAAAGAAUUUCCAACGAUUCGUGCUGUGUAGUAGAAUAUACUAUGGCUACAAAUGAGAGUUGCAUUUUGUUCUAUGGAGGCUCAAACGAAGACUGGUUGAGCAGAUUUACUGAGACAGCAAAUAGAGUGGCUCAACAUCGGGUCCUUCAACAAUAUCCGCUCAACAUUUCCAUAAAUGUUCUUGCGGUUCGAUCCGACAACAAAAAAGAGGUUCGAGCACAAUUACCGGAAAGUUACGCAGAUGGGAGGCGAGUAGAUGCUAGGGACAUAUUCAGACGUUUGAUAAAUAAUCAGAGCGGAUGGGUUGUGCUGAGCCAGGGAAAUGUCAUAUUGCUCUCUGAUGAUGGGGAAAGAAUGCUGGAAGUACUGGAGAAUUUUGAUCAGCAGGAGUACUGGAUGCGAGACCUAUCGGUACAAGGCUUCGGAGGUAGUUUCAUGAAUUCCCAUCGACGCCGUUAGUUUCGUUGACGGGUGCUAUAUAUGAAUGGACUGCAUGCAUGCAUGCAGCACUACUUACGUACCAAAUAAAGACGGAUCGAUGUACUUGUGUCUUAGUUUAAUGAUGUGUCUCUUGUCAUGCAGCCACUAGGAAGUUCGUACGUAUGAUAUGUCAUGUGCAGUUGCAUGCACAUGCAAUAUAUCUGUGAUGUCGUUCCGUUGGGAUCAAUUUCUUAAUAAUUUAGUUUGUCUGUCAUGCAUUAAUAAUUU